CACCUCCUUCCUGACUUCUGCCCUUCCUUGACUCCACAGCUCUUGACCGCCAGGGACCCGUCAUAACCUCGCCAGACUCUCCUACACUCCUCUCUCUCUCUAAGCCAGUUUCUGACUCCCGAAUUCGAACUAACCCUUCACUCCUUGACGUUUGACCCUGACACUUAACUUGAAACCUCUAAAUUCUUACUUCUUGCAGCCUGGGCUGCAGAAACCAAGUCUUCCCCUGACUUCAAGCCUGCUCCCUUGCUUCCCUUUGCUGGCCAACUGCUGUCCCACCAUGGACUUCUUGAUGAGCGGUCUAGCAGCCUGUGGGGCCUGUGUGUUCACCAAUCCCCUGGAGGUUGUAAAAACCAGAAUGCAACUGCAGGGAGAACUGCAGGCCCCGGGCACCUACCAACGACACUACCGCAAUGUCUUCCACGCUUUCUUCACUAUCGGCAAGGUGGAUGGCCUGGCUGCACUACAGAAAGGCCUGGCGCCUGCGCUCUUAUACCAAUUCCUGAUGAAUGGCAUCCGCCUAGGCACCUAUGGGCUAGCUGAGGCUAAGGGCUACCUGCACACAGCUGAUGGCACCCUGAGUCCUGUCCACAGCGCAGCAGCUGGGGCCCUGGCUGGAAUCAUGGGAGCCUAUCUGGGGAGUCCCAUCUACAUGGUGAAGACGCACUUACAGGCACAAGCAGCCUCUGAAAUUGCCGUAGGGCACCAGUAUAAGCACCAGGGCAUGUUUCAGGCACUAACGGACAUUGGCCAGAAACAUGGUCUGAUGGGGUUAUGGCGUGGGGCCUUGGGAGGCCUGCCCAGAGUUGCCGUCGGUUCCUCUACCCAGCUGUGCACCUUCUCAUCCACCAAGGACCUCUUGAGCCAGUGGGAGAUCUUUCCUCCCCAGAGCUGGAAAGUGGCUCUGGCCGCUGCCAUGGUGAGUGGCAUUGCAGUAGUCAUGGCCAUGACACCAUUCGAUGUGGCCAGUACCAGGCUCUAUAACCAACCCACAGAUGCUCAUGGCAAGGGCCUCAUGUACCGGGGAAUCCUGGACGCUCUGCUGCAGACAGCUCGGACAGAGGGCAUUUGGGGCAUGUACAAGGGUAUAGGUGCUUCCUACUUCCGCCUUGGGCCCCACACCAUCCUCUCCCUCUUCUUCUGGGACCAGCUGCGCUUUCUCUACCACACAUACACUAAAUAACAGCGGCUCUCGCACGUGCCACCAAAUUGACACUUUCUCACAUACUUUUGCCUCUACUACUAUGCCUUGGUGACUAUAAACCACGUGUCUUUUCAUCCGCCUAAGCGGGAGAGCCAACCCCACCCUCUACCUAUUCUCUCAGAGUUGAAUCACUCCAAGUAGUAGUUUCCUUUCUUUCUUUGGGUGUUGUUGCUUUAAACCUUCCCAUUCAACCCCUUGUAUCCUCCGCACCCGUCUCAGGGCUGAACCAGUCACUCCAAAGUGAUUUCUUCCCUGUUUCCACUGCCAGCCUUAGGUUCCUCUUGUUCCCACGCACAGCUUUAAAACUUUACCAUCCAAGACCAAAGGGAACUGAGAAGAACCAGGUGUCCUGUUAGAUUCAAAGGCACAAUCAUGAUAUUGGUUAUAAAGCAAGUUUAUUUCUGCAGA